CUUCAAGUCCGAGUGGAAGAAACUGUCUGAUCAGCCGAUAAAUCAUACUUAUAUGACAGAUUUGGAACGAUGGAUAUGCGGAUGUCCAUAUUAUCUAACCAGUCGAUUCAAUAUUUGUAAACAUUUGAUUCAUCAAAAAGGAAGGGUUCCGCCAGAAUUCUUCAAUCAGGUUAAGAGAAAUUGGCAACCUCCUUUUUUGAUGGAAACUGAUACAAAUAUUGACAUCAUACCAAAUAUUGGACAAUUGGCUGACGCAAAUAACAUCACGUCGAAUGUUGAUGAUGUUGAAGAUAAUAACAUAGAUGCUUCAUUUGAUGAAUUAAUCAAUGUAACUCGAAAGGCGCUUGAUCUUUUGGAAGAACAAAAGUCAAAAGGGAGUACAAGAUGGUGCAAAGGCGUGAAGAGAUAUUUUGAACCCGUAUCUAGACUAGUAACAGACGUUGAACAAUAUCGGAGAAAAAGAACGAUGCCACUAACGUGGAAAGGUCAUAAUGAUAGCACUAGAUACUUAGAAUAA